UACUGCUAACGAUAGCUGGAAAAGUGCUUCGUUUACGUUACGUUUUUAUGUAAUAGUCGAUCACAACAGCGCCAAUGGAGGAGGACUCAGUUGUUAUGUAAUCUGAAGCAGGAGCAUGUGCAAUUUCUCACUCCAAAGUAACUGUGUGCUCUUUCAUUUACGCUUGGCAUCCUCGCUAACACACGUAAAGUUAGCUUGCUGCUAAUGUUAAACUGGCACCAGAUUAUCCACUGCCAUUUCUACAACCUGCGCUGUUCAGAGAAAACGGCUCGAUGUAUCACAAGGAAAAGAGCAUCCAGAUAAAAAACAGCGCUUCAGCGCUGUACAACAACCUCGGUGUGCUGCGCAUUGCCCCGCGACGCCUCACCUACUUCACGGUGGUCCAUGCUAACGUGGUCAACAUGGUCAGCGCGUCAUGGGACGGCCUCAACUACUCCCACCGUCAGCUGCAGUCCAAGGAGCCCAAUGUUGCUACAAGCACAUCGCUCAUCAUGCAGGCAGCAUUUUGUGCUCUGCCCUCUCGUGAUCUGCUGGUGGUGACCUCUCAGAAAGGCAUCCAGAUUUAUGAAUCUGAUGGCUCCAUUAUGGUGUACUGGCAUGCGCUGGAUACUCCGGAAACGCCUACAGCUCAGGCCGUGUUUGCUCGAGGGAUAUCAGCAGUACGUGAGAAUUAUAUAUGUGUGGGCAUUUCAUCUGGUGCAAUUCUGGUAUUUGAUGUUCCCAGUAAAGGCAGUAAUAUAACACUGUCUGAGGUCCUGGAGGAGCACAAAGAGUCUAUCACUGACAUGGCUGCUGAGUGCUCUGGCAGUCAGGAGUGCAUAGCUGAUCUGGUCAGUGCAGAUGAUGGGGGCAACCUAUGUGUGUGGAAGUCUGGGGAGGAAUUUCAGCUGCUCAAUAACAUCCCUGGCUUUGACAUGAGCUGCUCAUCUGUCAAGUUGUGGAAAGGUACAGUAGUGGCAGGUUACGGCACAGGCCAGAUCCGUCUCUAUGAGGCAGUGACGGGAAUUCUCCAUGCUGAGGUCAAAGCCCAUGCUCGCUGGAUAUACUCACUAGACAUUGCUCCUUUUUCUGGACUGCUUCUAUCUGCUGCUGAGGACUCUCUAGUCAGGGUGUGGCACCUGUCUAUGACCCCAGAGACAAACAGUGUGGAGGUUGCCCAUUUGCACAAUGAGUGUGUAACUGACACACAAAUCUGUGGCGCUAAGUUCUGUGACGGUGAUGGCUAUGCUUUUGCAGUGACAGGCUAUGACCUGAGUGAGAUUAUCCGCUACACACAGACAUAGGACCUUGCCUUCACUGAGGCUUUGUAUGAAUGUGAAUUUAUUUAACAUUAUCUUUUUUGGGAGAAGCAUUGUUCCUUGGCAUUUCAGUCUCUAUACCUACAAAGGUUACAAGGACAUUCAUAUAACAAAAUAAUUCAAAAGUAAAGUGUUAAAGUUAAAUAUUUUAACUGUAAAUGUUUACAUGUAUGUAAAUGUAGCAUUAAAAAGUAAUAAAAUAUUCUGUUAUUCUUUAUGAUAUAAUUACUGAUAUAAUGAUACAGUUGUACUAGUAAACAUAUUUAUAAAGAAA